AGUUGGCGAAGCAUCUUCAGGGCUGACUGAAAGCUUCACCUGUUUAUCAUGACAACCACCUGUCUAAAGAAUGUUGAGCAGAAGUGACCCUAUGGAUUAAAAAUGUGGGAGGUGACUUUGAAAUGUGACCUCCCAAGGAACUUCCAGUCUGUCUGACUGCCGGACCACCAUGUUUCCCCCCCUCCCCUGCCUCCUUUGCCUCACGCUCCUCCUGCCGUCAUUGGGCUGGUGUCAGACCGGCGGUCAAUUCAAUGUUUGCCGAUCUCUGCGUGUCUCGGAGGCUGGACCAGGAUGGGAGUUAUACGCCUGUCAGCCUCCACCUGCCAACAUGAAGGAGGUGAUGCAGAUCAAAGUUGACCCCCCCGGCAUCACUUGCGGAAACCCACCAGAGAGAUUCUGUACAUUGGAGAACCCGUACCUGUGCAGCGAUGAGUGCGAUGCAUCAAGCCCCGACUUGUCUCACCCUCCUCAGCUGAUGGGAGACAGGGAGCGAGGGGGGCUCAUCACCUACUGGCAGACAGUCACAUGGUCCAGGUUUCCUGAGCCCCUAUUGGCCAACAUUACAUUGUCCUGGAACAAGAGUCUGGAAGUUGUCGAUGACAUUGCCAUCACUUUCGAGUAUGGUCGACCAACCAGCAUGGUGCUGGAGAAAUCCCUUGACAAAGGUGUAACGUGGCAGCCAUAUCAGUAUUAUGCUGAUGACUGUCUGGAGGCAUUUGGUAUGUCUCCUAAACGAGUCUCCGAAUUAGCUCCAAGUAACCUAACCAGGGUUAUCUGUACUGAGCAGUACUCUCGCUGGGUCGGAGCCAAGGAGGAGAAGAUGGUGGUAUUCGAGGUACGUGCUCGGUUCGGGGUGUUUGCAGGUCCAAAGCUGAUCAACAUGGAUGCCCUUUACACCCGUAUGGAGACCAUGAAGGGUCUGAGAGACUUCUUCACCUUUACUAACCUCAGACUGAGACUCCUCCGCCCAGCACUUGGAGGGACCUAUGUCCAGCGAGACAAUCUUCUGAAAUACUUCUAUGCUAUUUCCAACAUUGACGUACCUGCCAG